CGCACUGCGCAUAUUCUAUCGUCUGCGGUCUGGCGUCGACAACCUGUUUCACGGCGGACUGUUUUGAUCGCUACCGCCUACCACCACCACUGGCCACUGCGGCCACCGACAUAGUUUGGUACAGGGACACGGCGGCUGAUUAGGUCGAAUGGAACGCGGCCCGACGUCCGAGUAGUGCUGUGGUGAAUAUUACAACGUGAGAACCGUGUAGGUCGACCACCGUCACCGCCGGUAGUACUGUUAUUCUAUCGUUAUGUCCAAAAUAAGUGUUUAAAUUUCCGUUGAACGUCGAUAUAGGUAUUGUGAAAUUAUUACACGCGUUAUUUAAUAAAUAAAAAUUAUUAUAAUAAAAUACUAUAUUAUAAUAAUCCGAUAGCGGUGUCCGGAAAAGCGCGUGUGUCCGCUAGAGUGCGGUUCUCUUCCGCUGUACUAAAGGAGUCCUUUGUUUACUAGCAGUGUCUUCUUCUCGACUCUGCCGUCAAUCCCCUCGGCACAGCUGAUAGCCCCUUGGUCCGUCUAUUCUCUAUCAUAAAUAAUAAUAGCUAUUGACAAAUAUUGCUAUUGUUACCUGUUUCGGUGUCGUGUUUUUCGAAUAAUUCGUACCGAACGGUCGCUAUGUACUUGUAAAACGAUCCUACGCGCACUUUUUGGAAUCUCCAAGCAUAUUUUAGACCAUGUCCGGUAAGCUUGGCCAUGGCUGUCGGUGGCUGGUGUUAAUCGUUCUGGUCGUCCAGUUGGUCACACGUUCCGAUGGAAACUGGCUCAAAAACUUUGCCAAGCCAAAGCCCCAGCUUAGGCUUAUGGAAGGCGUCCCCGAACAUUUGCAUAACGUUAUGCCAUACGAACAAGUACAAUUCAGCAGCCCGAAUGUGUCUACGGCAUACACUAGCUCUACAAAAUUCCAAGCAGCCGGCAUGGGACAGUUAUAUUUUAUUACGGACAAAUUUAUCCAGUACAUACUAAGUGACCAGGCUUUCCCUGAAGGACUUAUUGAUGUCGAAGAAGGUAGCAACACGAUUCAAGUUUCUGACGAAUGGCCAACGUUGGUGACUCAUUAUUGGGCCAGCGCCUCAGUUUUGAUGGGUGGACUAGUCUUCGCAGUCCUUAUGCCUCUUAUAGGUCUAACACUGUGUUGUUGUCGCUGUGCCGGGGGCUGUGGAUCUCGAUCACAGCCGUUUGACGCCAAGUACGAUUCUUGCAGACGACAAUUCUAUGGUAUCAUCUUGGCAUCUUUUACCAUACUUAUUUCGUUUGGUGUUGUUUGCACAUUUGUAAGCAAUGAAUACUUAGAAGAUGGCGUCAAAGAAUUGCCUUCAAAUGUUGAAAAGUCUUUAGGUGAUACUCGAUUGUUCAUCAAUAACACAAAAAAAGAAGUGGAUAAUUUAUUAGUUGUUAAUUUCAACGAACUAGAAGAAACUUUAUCGAAUAUAUUGGAAGCUAGUGGUGAGAUUGUUAAAAAGAAAUUGGGAGAUGUGUCUAAAGCAUCCGUUUUAUCAAAUUUAACUGCCAUUGUUACUGGACUUGGACUCAUAAAACAAGACCUCUCUAAUGUAGAUUUAUUAACUCGACAACUACAAGAGACAGCUCUACAAUUAGAUACUGCUUUGUUGGAGUCUCGAUCAUAUAUAUUAAGUAAACUACAAUCUUGUAGAUUUGAGCGCCCUUGCCGAGAGCUUUUGAAUCGAUACAAUAUUCAAGAUCUUUCUUUGGAAGCAAACUUCAGUCAGAUAUUAGACAACCACCUUCCAAAGUUGCCAAACGUAACAGCCAGUUUGAAAAACAUAUCAGAUCUUAUAACUGAUGACAUUGAGGAAGAAGUAAUGAAAGGCCAACAGCAAUUUGAAAAAGUCAAAACAAUGAUACAAAAUGCAGUAAAUGAUAAUAUACCUGCAAUAAAAGAAAAUAUAAGGAAAGUUGGAAAUGCAAUCAAAGAACAUAGCGAUAAAGUUGAUAAUGUUUUGGAUCGCGUGGACAAUACUGUUGCUACGUCUUUUGCACCAAUGAAAGAAGGAGAAGGUUUAUUAAAAGAGUUUUCUCCUUAUCGGUAUUAUGUUUGUCUGGGUGUUGCGAUCACACUGUUUUUGAUUUUGAUGUGUCUAACUCUCGGAUUGUUCUGUGGUUUUUGUGGAAGCCGACCCAUAGGUGGCUAUCAUGACGAUUGUUGCAAUAAAGGAACUGGUGCUUCUUAUUUAAUGAUGGCUGUGUGGUUGAUGUUUUUGUCAUCGGCCUUUUUAAUGCUAAUUGCAUUGUUCUAUUUCGUUACUGGUGUGACCACAGAUCGGGUUGUCUGUGAGCCAUUGCAAAAUCCAACGCCUUCUAGAGUUUUAAACAUAAUGAAUCGCUUAUAUGACAUUUCUGUUAUACACAAUUCAGAAGACCAACUUCGUCAUGCUAGACCUGCACCAGCCAAUGCAGAUUUUACUAUUAGUUCUGUCAUACGAGAUUGCCAUAGAAACAUGAGCUUGUUCCAAGUAUUGAAUAUGGAUAGACUUGUAGAUCUCAACAAAGUGCUUGACUAUCCUAAUGUUUUUGGUAUUGACGAACAUAUAAAUGAACUAGUUUCAAAAAUUAAACUAGAAGGAGAAAUCGUAAUAUUGACACCAGAAGCAGAAAGGCAAUUGAUUAGGCUAUCGAAAUCACCUUUGUCUAAUAUUAAUUUCCCUGCAUACACUAAUGUCCUUGGCGAUAAAAUUACAUCAAUCGAUUUAAUACAACUUGCCAAUGCUCUUAAUCAAACAGCUUCUCAAUUACCGUCUUCGUCAGACGUUAAAUUUUCACUGGUCAACCAAGCUAUGUAUCUUAAAGUACAUCAAGGACAUCACGUAACAGCAAUGAUUGAUAUUAGUCAACGGUUAGAAUCAACCGCCAAUCAGUUACAAGAACAUUUGCGCUUCAACCAUUCAUCAUUACGCAAUGCCGUGGAACAUUUGUUAAUUGAAGUUGAACAAGCACAAAAUUAUUUGCGCAAUGAAGGAACAACUUUAGUUACUAAAUUGGCGAAAGAAUUCGGAGAAGAGUUUAACAAACAUAUUGAUCAAUAUUUGGAAAGAGUUGUUCACCAAGUAAGAGAAGAUGUUGGCAAAUGCUGGCCCAUGUCACAGGCUUACAACGCUACAGUUGUUGCGGGAUGUAGAAAAAUAUUGAAUCCAUACAAUGGUUUUUGGAUGAGCGUAGGUAUUUGCUGUAUACUUUUCAUGCCCAUUAUCAUUCUUUGUGUUAAAUUAGCAACUCUAUAUCAAAAAUCUGAACGAUACCCCGGGCCAUUAGUCGAAUCGGAGUACUUGUAUGAUGCACAUACAGAUCGUGAAAAUAUUCCUCUAGCAAACCCGAAUAAUAAGAAGAAAAACGGACGGAAUAAGGCCAGAAAGAAAGCAGCACCAACACCAGGUAGAGGAAAUCGAUCAUCGGCAAUACCAGUGGGUUAUGAGAAUAUGUCAAAUCCAGAAAUUCUAGCUAACACAUCAGCCAAUGAGAGUUCUCGUCAUUCUGGACACCCUGGUCAUGGAGGUUCUGUCGAUUAUAGUGCGCAUCUUGGACGAGCAAAUAUAGUAGUGCCAGCCACUAGCCCUUGUGUCCAAGGAGGUUCGACUGAAGCUCCACCAAAACAAACUUGGGAUUUUUCAAAUGGUGGACCGCCUCAGUAUCAAAAUCCGAUCUCAUCAGAAUAUGAACGUCCACCGCCAUAUUAUUAUCCCGGGCCAUCUGGACCUCCAGGAGCUCCUCCAGAAUCUCAAACUUCUUAAAUAAGGUAAAAAAAUUUUAGUUAAAAUUAUUUAAAAGUCAAAACAUGUAAGUUGAGAACUGACUAUUAAAUAAUUAGAAGUUGUGACCCCUAUCUUGUUAUUAUGCAAAAUAAACUAAACGAAGAGAUUUAGUGAUACAAAAAUGUUCAUUACAUUUUAUCCAAAAAUGUUGCUGCUCUCUUAUUAUAUAUUACCUAUUUUGUCUUUGUUAUAAAUUGUAACUAAAGUGUUAUUAUCAGCAAUGUGUAAGACGCUGUUUGCGCUCAAAAGGAAAACGCAUCACUAUUGUAUCAUUCCUCUAUAUUACUGCCUCAUUUAUUUAUUGUGAUCAAUUUUUAUUUUUUUAUUAUAUAUUUUUUUGUACUUUCUGUUAAGUAGUUCACUCUCCAAUUUUUGUUAAAUAAAUCUAGAUAAGAAUAAAUUUAUAACUCGUAUAUUUUAAUUUUCACUUAUUGAAUGUAUAAAAAAAAUAUUGUAAAUACUAUAUCAGUAGAGAACACUGUAGGGAUUGACUUAUUAUUAUAUACCUUUUUUUAUGUAAAUAUUAGGUACUAUUAAUAUUAUUACGUUAUUAUUUCUCCCUCAACUUAUACAUAUUGGUAGCAACAAAUAAAAUGUGUUUUAAUGCAAAUUGCCAGAUUGGUACUGGGAAAAAAUGUUGAAAAUAAAAACAUUGUUUUCCAUUAUAAA